AUGUCGACUAAUAAGGAGGAGACUUUGAGGCAGUUUUGCGAUGUAACGGGUGCCGACGAGUCUCGUAGCAAGUUCUUUUUGGAGUCGUCAAACUGGCAGUUAGACGUAGCUUUGUCAAGUUUUUAUGAGCACGGCGGUAACGCAGACGAAGCACCUGCAGCCAAUCCAAACGCAGCAGUAUCAUCAUUACCUUCUCUCUCAGAUAGUGAUAUGGAUUCUCUCCCAGGAUCCCCUUUACAAACUCAGAAGAAAGAUAAAAAGAAGGUUUCUACUUCAAAGUUUGCAACGCUCGAUACUUUGCAACAAGACAGUUCUUCUAGUGACGAGGAAGAAGGACAAGCAUUUUAUGCUGGUGGCUCGGAGCGAUCUGGUCAACAAAUUAUUGGUCCAGGAAAAGGAAGGAAGGAUAUUGUCACCGAGGUGUUCAAAAGUGUUAGAGAACGGGGAGCAGUAGUGUUUGAAGACGAGCCAUCGUCUACAAGCAGAGGGCGUGCUGUGUUCAGCGGCGUCGGGUACAGACUUGGUCAAACAGCAGAUGACCAUGAGCCUGUACCUACCGGGGAGCAACAAGCUGGUGGACAACAGCCAGACGCGGUACGUUCGGUCCGAUUGCGGUUGUACCGGGAAGGGUUCACCGUUGACUCGGGACCUCUCCGUUCUUACACAGACCCUGACCACGCUGAGUUCCUCAACUGUAUACGUAGUGGUGUGAUCCCUCCCGAACUAUCUCGAGGGACCGGUGGCGAGGUUCGCGUGAGCUUAGAAGAUCGACGUCAUGAGGAGUGCCCGCGUAACACCAAGUCUCAACCCUUCACUGGCAAGGGACAUCUGCUUGGAAGCCCGACGCCGGUGACAGUGGGUGCGACGCACGCGGAGGCCGUCCCGGAGCGCGCCGCCAACCAGCGCGCCGCGCAGGACCACGUGCGCCUCGACGCCGCGCUGCCCACCACCACCAUACAGGUACAGCUCUGCUCGCUCCGACCAGCGCGCCGCGCAGGACCACGUGCGCCUCGACGCCGCGCUGCCCACCACCACCAUACAGGUACAGCUCUGCUCGCUCCGACCAGCGCGCCGCGCAGGACCACGUGCGCCUCGACGCCGCACUGCCCACCACCACCAUACAGGUACAGCUCUGCUCGCUCCGACCAGCGCGCCGCGCAGGACCACGUGCGCCUCGACGCCGCGCUGCCCACCACCACCAUACAGGUACAGCUCUGCUCGCUCCGACCAGCGCGCCGCGCAGGACCACGUGCGCCUCGACGCCGCGCUGCCCACCACCACCAUACAGGUACAGCUCUGCUCGCUCCGACCAGCGCGCCGCGCAGGACCACGUGCGCCUCGACGCCGCGCUGCCCACCACCACCAUACAGGUACAGCUCUGCUCGCUCCGACCAGCGCGCCGCGCAGGACCACGUGCGCCUCGACGCCGCGCUGCCCACCACCACCAUACAGGUACAGCUCUGCUCGCUCCGACCAGCGCGCCGCGCAGGACCACGUGCGCCUCGACGCCGCGCUGCCCACCACCACCAUACAGGUACAGCUCUGCUCGCUCCGACCAGCGCGCCGCGCAGGACCACGUGCGCCUCGACGCCGCGCUGCCCACCACCACCAUACAGGUACAGCUCUGCUCGCUCCGACCAGCGCGCCGCGCAGGACCACGUGCGCCUCGACGCCGCGCUGCCCACCACCACCAUACAGGUACAGCUCUGCUCGCUCCGACCAGCGCGCCGCGCAGGACCACGUGCGCCUCGACGCCGCGCUGCCCACCACCACCAUACAGGUACAGCUCUGCUCGCUCCGACCAGCGCGCCGCGCAGGACCACGUGCGCCUCGACGCCGCGCUGCCCACCACCACCAUACAGGUACAGCUCUGCUCGCUCCGACCAGCGCGCCGCGCAGGACCACGUGCGCCUCGACGCCGCGCUGCCCACCACCACCAUACAGGUACAGCUCUGCUCGCUCCGACCAGCGCGCCGCGCAGGACCACGUGCGCCUCGACGCCGCGCUGCCCACCACCACCAUACAGGUACAGCUCUGCUCGCUCCGACCAGCGCGCCGCGCAGGACCACGUGCGCCUCGACGCCGCGCUGCCCACCACCACCAUACAGGUACAGCUCUGCUCGCUCCGACCAGCGCGCCGCGCAGGACCACGUGCGCCUCGACGCCGCGCUGCCCACCACCACCAUACAGGUACAGCUCUGCUCGCUCCGACCAGCGCGCCGCGCAGGACCACGGGCGCCUCGACGCCCGGGCUGCCCACCACCACCAUACAGGUACAGCUCUGCUCGCUCCGACCAGCGCGCCGCGCAGGACCACGUGCGCCUCGACGCCGCGCUGCCCACCACCACCAUACAGGUACAGCUCUGCUCGCUCCGACCAGCGCGCCGCGCAGGACCACGUGCGCCUCGACGCCGCACUGCCCACCACCACCAUACAGGUACAGCUCUGCUCGCUCCGACCAGCGCGCCGCGCAGGACCACGUGCGCCUCGACGCCGCGCUGCCCACCACCACCAUACAGGUACAGCUCUGCUCGCUCCGACCAGCGCGCCGCGCAGGACCACGUGCGCCUCGACGCCGCACUGCCCACCACCACCAUACAGGUACAGCUCUGCUCGCUCCGACCAGCGCGCCGCGCAGGACCACGUGCGCCUCGACGCCGCGCUGCCCACCACCACCAUACAGGUACAGCUCUGCUCGCUCCGACCAGCGCGCCGCGCAGGACCACGUGCGCCUCGACGCCGCGCUGCCCACCACCACCAUACAGGUACAGCUCUGCUCGCUCCGACCAGCGCGCCGCGCAGGACCACGUGCGCCUCGACGCCGCGCUGCCCACCACCACCAUACAGGUACAGCUCUGCUCGCUCCGACCAGCGCGCCGCGCAGGACCACGUGCGCCUCGACGCCGCGCUGCCCACCACCACCAUACAGGUACAGCUCUGCUCGCUCCGACCAGCGCGCCGCGCAGGACCACGUGCGCCUCGACGCCGCGCUGCCCACCACCACCAUACAGGUACAGCUCUGCUCGCUCCGACCAGCGCGCCGCGCAGGACCACGUGCGCCUCCUACCAUCUAACGCUGUUACGCCCUUCCGCCCCCCCUCUCCUUACACGACAACAUUCCUAUUCCGUUUAGCGGACGGCAGCCGCCUUACCGGUCGCUUCAACCACACCCACACCGUGGCGGACUUGCACGAGUACGUGUCGAGGGCUGAGCCCACGUACCAGCUUCAGGGAUUCACACUCUUCACGACGUUCCCCAGCAGUGAACUCAGCGACCCCACGGCCACGCUCGUUCAGGCCGACGUACUCAACUCCACGCUUCUCCAACGGCUAAAAUAA